AUGGCGAAGCGUGCGUUCCUUGGGUUGAGAGGCACUCGCCUGACCACCAUGAUCAUCUUGGUUGCUGGCGCUGAAUUUCUCCUUUUUGGCUAUGACCAAGGGGUAGUUGGGGGAAUUCUGAAUUUACCUUCAUUUACGAACACCUUCCCUACCCUCUGCACUACUGCAUCCUGUCUUGAAGGGAUGACAUUUGCAGAGAAAGACACCCGAUCCACUACUCAAGGCAUUGUCGUUGCUUGUUAUAACUUGGGUUGUCUUGCUGGCGCCUUAUCCACGUUUAAGCUCGGCAACCGCUUCGGGCGACGGAGGCCUAUCUUUCUGGGAUGCCUAAUUGUGUCCAUUGGUGCGAUACUGCAAGCAUCUGCAUCGACUCUCGUACAGUUUAUUAUCGGCCGGGUCAUAUGUGGGCUAGGGACCGGGCUGAACACUGCAACUGUGCCUGUUUGGCAAGCCGAGUGUACCAAGCCACACCAGAGAGGACCGAUCAUGGCAAUCGGAACCUCACUUGUGCCGGCGGGGGUCAUGGUCAGCUACUGGGUCGACUUUGGUCUUUCCUACGCAGAGCCAAGCCCGGCUGCAUGGCGAUUCCCCAUCGCAUUGCAGUUGGUGUUGGUACUCAAGGGCCAACGAGAGGAAGCUGCAGAAGUUCUCGGUGCUCUAUACGACCUCCCAGAUCGAGACGAGGCUAUAUUGCAGAACCUGAACGCUAUUGAUGCUACGAUCGAAGCCGAAGCUUCCACAUAUUGGCUCGCAGUCUUUCGGGAAGGGCCUACGAGGGCGCGUACUCAAACCCUCAUGGCGAUCAGUAUUCAGAUUAUGAGCCAAUUUUCUGGGAUUAACGUUAUUACAUUCUAUGCGACGCCAAUCUUUCAAAACGAAAUCGGCUUGACACCAUUUGUCUCCCGGGUUCUCUCCGGAUGCCCGGGCACCGCUGGAUUUAUCGCCGCAAUGGGGUCGAUUCCCUUGAUCAAGUAUGUCGGUCGGCGACAUGUCAUGCUACUGAAUCUCGGGGGCAUGGGCAUGUCAAUGAUCGCACUUGCAGUGACCGAGAAAAUUAGGGACUACACCUCAGGUAUUGUUGCUGCUGUCUUUGUCCUCAUAUUCAUGAUAUCUUUCGGGCUUGGAUUUGCGCAGAUCCCCUGGAUCUACCCUGCGGAAAUCACACCUCUAGCAACCUGUGUGCAAGCCAAUGCUCUGUCUACAGCGACCAACUGGACUUCUGUCUUCAUAGUCGUCAUGAUUACCCCAAUCGCCUUGAACAAUAUAGGCUGGCGAACAUACCUGAUCUUUGCGUGUUGUAGCGCGUUUUUCAUGGUCAUAGCUUACUGUUGCUUUCCGGAGACAAGGAAUCGCUCCCUGGAAGAAAUUGAGCUUAUUUUCAGCGAGUCAUCCGGUCUCUUUGGAGCCGUCAAACAAGCUAGGCUCACACGGCGUCAAUUUGACAAGAAAGGCGAACCGAUCAAAAAUGUGGUAGCUACUCUGAACAUAUCGAAAACGCAUGAAGAUAGCGGCAGAACAAACGAUCUUUCGCGGUGGGGCUUUAUGUGGAAGGGCGCUUGA